AUGUCGACCCCUUCCCGUCCGACAGAGUCGUCACCACGGACACCGUCAUCACACCGGUUUCGGUCGUCGUCGUUUCGUACCACACCACCACCACCAUCAUCAUCCUCCUCCGUCCCGUCCCGCACAACACCGCGUCGGUUGACGCCCUUCCGACCCCGCUACGUGGAUCCCCACACGCACGUCGUGUACGAUACCAUCACGUGUAUCGUACGGGAAGGAUGGCUCACCAAGCAAAGCUUGUGGGUACAGAAAUGGCGACGACGUUACUUUGUCCUCCGCGACGACAAACUCUUUUUUGCCAUGAACGAAACCUGUAAACCACACGGAAUGAUCGAUCUCGCCCGUUGUACCAACGUGAUUCGCUACCGUCACCCCGACGACAGCACCAACAGUACCAACAGCAAUAGUACUAUCCUUACUACCCGCAACCACGCAAGCAGUCGCCACAAUCACGACAAUGAUGAUGAUGGCAGUACCGCCGCAUCUUUACAUUCGGCCCGGUCUUCCUGGACGAAUCCCUCGACUUCGUCGUCACCAGCGCGAGCGACUCCACGCCACACUCCCCCCCGGACUCACGGUCAAACAUCCCAACGCUACGAAUUCGAAAUACAGUGUGGCAAUCUACCCGAACUCCGCUACCGACUCUACGCCGAUUCCCAUUUGGCGCGGGAAGCCUGGUUGUACUGGUUGCGCCAGAAAACUCCCACCGGAACCCGACCCGAUCGACGCGGAAACGAUCACGUUGCCGUGGCCUUGCGGCACAGUAUCGUCCGUAUCCAAGCGCUCUGGCGAGCCCGAGUGGCGUUACGGUGGUGGCAACGCCAACGGCAAGCCGUACGGUCUCUUCAACACGUCUGGCGGACGAGAACCCGGUCGUCGCCGGCCUCCGUGAAAGUGCCGGUGGAAUCGUGGGACUCCACCGGUCUCCCGUCCCCCCACCACUCGACGACAUCUUCGUCGUCCUCGUCCUCCGCGACGACGCCAUGUUCCGUGGGUCCUUCCGACGCCACGUUUGAUCCCAUGGACGCAAACGUUCGGUCCCGGACGACCCCGCAACAGCCCACCGGUUCCGAACCCGUCCCGGCUCUGGAGACAAUAUCUCGACGCCGUUUGUUCGUGGACGACAACAACAACAACAACAACAGCGCGUUCCAACCAAGACAACCGGUCACCAUCUCCACCCAAGUUCCCCAACCACCGCUGCCCGUGGGCGGCGUCAUGGUCGUGACCCCACCAAACGACCAAGAGGCUCUCUGGACGUCGCGAGGAAACGCCACCGUCGUCACGAGCACCGCUAAGCGGCCCACAACAGAAGAGUCUCCUUUACCAAUCGGAACGACACCGCGGACUGCAAGGGAAGCGACAGCUUCCACAGCAGUAGCAACAACAGCGACAGUCCACCAAGGCCCGGUCGUGGACGAGCUUGACGAAACCUCGAGUCGGGACGACGACGACGAGGAAUGGGAAAAGGUAUGUUCGGAGGAAGCCGCACUACCCGCUCCACCGGUGGAUCAGUAUUCCAGUGCGCGCGUACUAGUAUGGCUCGUCCUUCUACUCAUUUGGGUCGGGUACUGGCCACCCGUGCGGUCACGAGUCCGAUACUGGAAGGCCACGGCUUGGUCGAAUUUGGUUUGGGAAGUUCCCAAUCCCGGGUCAAUCGUGGUGGAAUCUCCAUUCCCCGCAAUUUCGGCCGAUUCCCCAUUUGUUAGCGAAGGAACAGAAAGAGACAGCCGAGAUAGCCCUACCAAACACGAAGCAGAAGCAGGUGCUCGUUACGACGACGAUCGCAUGAAAAGUGAAAAUUUCGUGGCGUCGGAUACACACGAGCCUGUGGGAGAAAACGGUCCAAUAAGUUCCAAAACAUCAUCCGAACAUCUGCAGCCAAUAGACGGUGAGCAAUCGUUUAAUGGCGACCGAUACGUUGACGAGCCAGUAUGGGACAUAAGCAUAAAAGAAGAUGCCGCGUGGGACACUCGCGAAACGUCCGACAACAACGAGUGGGACCAAACCAAGACCUACGGCGGUAAAACUAGGGAGAAAGAAGGCAAGGAACACCCAGAUGAGGAUCUCGACGGUCACGUAGACGAGCCAGCGUCUAGCGAAAGCACAGAAGAUCCUACCCAGUGGGACUCCCGUGAGCCUUUCCUUGACAGUGAGUGGGACCAAUUUGAAUCGCACGGCUCAGUAGCUUUCGAAAAAACAGACGAAGGUCAUCCGGGAGAGAAUCUCAAUACGCACGUACACAUAUCUGUGUCGGAUGAAAGCAUGGAAGGGGCUAUCGAACGGGCCACUCACUAUAGACUCCACGAGAGCGAGUGGGGUCAAUACGAAUCGCGCGUGCCAAUAGCUGUCGAAAAGCCAGGUGCGGAUCAUUCAGACGAAGUUUUCGAAAGGCAUGUAGACGAACCAACGUCCGACGAAAACACGAAAGAGACUUUCGCGCGGGAAGGCCCCGAUACACUCGACGACAGCGAGUGGGCCCAACCCGAAACGUACAGCUCAACAGCUGUCGAGAACAUAGAUGAUCAUUCAAGAGAAGAUGUAGACGAGCCAGCCUUGGACGACAGCGCAGAAGAGGCUACCGAAUGGGACGCCCGCGAAACUCUCAGUAACGGCGAGUUGGACGAGCACGAAUCGCAAGGCUCAAGAGCUGUCGAAAAUACAGGUGAUAUUCCGGGCGCGGAGUUCGAUAGGCAUGUAGACGACUUUUCUACCGACCAAAGCGUAGAAGACUCCAACAAGCAGGAAGGCCAUGAUACACUCGACGACAACGAGGGGGGCCAGCUUGAGACGAGCGGCUCGAGCCUUAGCAAGAAAGCAGGUGGAAAUCAUUCUGGGGAGGAUCUUGAUAGUGGCGUCGACGAGGCCGCGUCCGAUAAAAGCGCAGAAGAGUCGACUGGAAGGGAAGGCCACGAUGCAUUUGGCAAUAGAAAGUUGGACCAGCUUGAAUCGGUUGGCUCAAUGACUGGCGAGAAAAUAGAUGGAGAAAAUCCAGACGAGGAUCUUGACAGGCACACAGGGGAGUCAGCGUCAGAAGAUUCUUGCGAGCGGGAAGACCACGAUACUCUCGGUGACAGCAAGAUAGACCCACCCGAAUCGCUCGUCUCGGUCACUAGCGAGAAAGCAGGUGGAGAUAAUCCUGGCGAGGACCUCGAUAGCCACGCUGACGAGGCAGCGUCGGAGGAAAGCGCUGAAGAGACCGUCGAGUGGGACGCCCACGACACGCUUGAUGACAGCGAGCUGGACCCACAUGAAUCGCACGACUUGAUGGUCAAUGGGAUGAAGCGAGAGGAGUACAAUGAAGAUUCUCAAAAAAUGGAAACCAGUGAUGAUGGUGCGCCGGAUGGCGAAGAUAGGUAUGCUGCAGAGCCUGUCAGUAAACUGCUAUACGAGGGCGUUCAGCCAGGGUUACAUCACAUAUUUGACUUAGACGCCAACGACCACCAAAAGGACGUCAACCUUACUCCACCAGUACUUAGAGCAGUCGAUGCUAGCGACAUAAUAUUCGACGGCGGAGAGACGAAAGGGGCUUCAGAGACCGUGGAAUCUAUUUCCAAACACGAGCCAAUGGCAGCAAAGGACAAAAACGAGAAACCACACGGAUUGGACGAGGAAUCGGAAACUGAAGAAGAUACCAAUGGAGAGAGUAAAGCUUUCACACAAAAGAAUGGUCUUGAUUCCAAAGUUCUAGAUCUGUUAGAGGCAUCCAAGGUGACUGCUGCGUCCGUCGCGGACCGUCUGCAGUCUGAAAUGGCUAAAAGGGGGGUCACGGCUCUUCCACCGGCCAAUACUAUGAAACAGGAAACCGGAAAAGAAAUCGUCGAGCGACUUGAAAUCAGAAUACGUCGCUAUCUUCACGAAACAAGACACAUAGGAACAUAGAGCAACGCAUUGUAAAGACGAAAGGUCGAAACUAGGAUCCUUUUCAGAUCGGG